UCAAAGCACUCGUAGCAUAAAAAGCGCAGCAACUGCAUUUCUAUAUAAACGAGUCGACGACCGUCGUGCCUCCUUGAAGUAAUCGGAGCUGCUAGCUAGCUAGCUGCGACGACGACGACUCAGCUGCUGCUGCUGCUGUGUCAGAGUUGAGCGGUAACAAGCCUGGAGGAGGCAUCAUGCCCCUCGGGCCGCGAUCGACCAUCAGUCAAUUGCAGCUACGCCGGUGGUCGGCAACGACAGCAGCAGCGACGAAGCGCGCCAAGGACUCGUUCGAUUUGCAACGAGCCGGCUUCGUGCCGCCGGACAUCGCUGUCACGGCUCGUCGUCCCAAAUAGUAGCAGCAAAUCGUUUCGUACGAGUACCGAUCUGCAGGCAGAGGUCCAAGCCGAAUCGACGACAACAACAACAACAACACAAGCAUCGGCAUCAGCGGCGAGAAGAUCGCGCAAGGCCAAGAACUCGCCGCCACCGGAAUGCCGCGUCAGCGAGAGGGUAGCAGCAGUAGCAGUAGCAGUAGCAGCAGCAGCAGAAGCAGCAGCAGCAGAGGCAUUACCUGCCGCAGCGAUAGAUAAUAAGCAAAAGCAAUCAUCAGCAGCAGCCAAGAUGGAACGAACGAUGAAGCUGGCGAGCCGCGCGGUCCGACUGCGGGAGAAGAUGCUCCUGCUGCUGGCCGGCCUCGCCAUCGUGUUCACGCUGCUGCUCGUCAUGGAUCUGCAGCUGGAUCUCGGUUACAGCGGCCAUCACCUGGCGCCGAGCCACGGCAGGGUGCGCACCGCCGAGGACCCCCAGCGCGACACCGUUUACAACAACUUCAGGCGAAAGUUCCUUCAGCGAUUCAACGCGAGCAAAGAGGCCGCCGAGCAGCAACUGUCCGACGAGGCCUCCAAGACCUCGACGACGACGAUGACCGCCGCCACGGGUACGAGUAGCACGACCACGACCACGACGGAACCACCGCCGCCGAGGGACGACUUCGUCGAUCUGCAAAAGUACGCGAGGUAUACGGCGUCGUCGUUGGAGCAACAGCAGCAGCAGCAGGACUCGCUAGCCGAGUCCGAGAGGAGUAGCUUGGACGAGCUACUGGACAAUCCGUCGAUCGGUGAAUUGAAAAAGAUGAAGUUGGGGCAUAACUCGACGCUGCUCGAGCGCUUCCAUGUGCAGAUAAGGAAGCGCGAGCUUUACCCCAAGGACUCGCCACUGGUCGAGGAGCUUCUACACUUUAUGGCCACCCAGCCCAUCGUGCACGCCUCCGAGAAAUCAGGUGGCACGCAGCUCAAGCUAGUCAUGGACUACCCGGACAAGGUGCAGGCACUGUUCAAGCCCAUGAGGUUUCCGCGGGAACAGCAGACCCUUCCUAAUCACUUUUACUUUACGGACUACGAGCGUCACAAUGCCGAAAUAGCUGCUUUCCACUUGGACAGACUACUGGACUUUCGGCGCUGCAUGCCCGUGACGGGCCGACUGCUCAACAUGACGCGCGACAUCUACCAGGUGACGGACGGCGACAUACUCAAGACGUUCUUCGUCUCGCCCGCGGGCAAUCUCUGCUUCCACGGCAAGUGCUCGUACUACUGCGACACGAGUCACGCGGUGUGUGGCUCGCCCGACCAACUCGAGGGCAGUUUUGCGGCCUUUCUGCCGGACAAGAGCCUCGUGCCCAGGAAGGUCUGGCGUCAUCCCUGGAGGAGAAGCUAUCACAAGCGCAUCAAGGCCCAGUGGGAGACGGACUCGGACUACUGCAGUAUGGUAAGGGAGCUGCCGCCCUACAACGAGUCGCGUCGUCUACUGGACCUGGUGGACAUGUCGAUAUUCGACUUUCUCACGGGCAACAUGGACAGACAUCACUACGAGACGUUCAAGCUUUUCGGCAACGAUACCUUCACGCUGCAUCUCGACAAUGGACGAGGCUUCGGUAGACCGUUUCACGACGAGAUCAGCUGUCUGACGCCGUUGCUGCAGUGCUGCAUAGUGAGGCGAUCGACCCUGGCGACGUUAUUGAAGUACCAGACGGGCCCGGUGAGACUGAGUCAGGCCAUGAGGGAGAGCAUGGCCCGGGACCCGCUGAACCCGAUUCUGUGGGAGCCGCAUCUCGAGGCGCUGGACAGGCGAGUGCCGCUGGUGCUGCAGGCGGUGCGCGAGUGCGUCGCCAGGAGUCUGGACUGGGCCGAUGUCGUCAAGGACGAGAGAGCCGAAGCUGCGGCGGUUGCCGCGGCGCAACACUCGGCUCAGGCUCAUCCACUCCCUUAAAUACAAAGACUUAUACCCCAUAUAAUAAUGUAUAGUGAUGAUGAUGAUUUUUUAACAAGACUUUUCAAUUUUAUUAUCAUUGUUAUACACUCCCCCCUCUCUACGCUUUGCACCAAAGCCUUCUCAAUGUGAUCCGAUGGACUGCGGCGCGCGCCUCCCUGGUGACGCCUAGUUUCAUUCUUUAAUUAUUUUUUAUCAAUUAUUCUAUAAUCGUAAUUAAUUACAAUAUGUAAAAUAUCUGCUCGUACGCAUUUAUCUCGUGUACGAGCGGGUUAAAAAAAGUCUCGAUUAUAGUCGAGCAAAAACACACAACUUGUUGUAUAACUGUAGGUACACCUAAGGCACUACAUAAGAUUUACAAAGAUUACAUAAGUUAUAGAAUCGUGUAAGUGAACCAAUCAAUCUUGUACAUAUUUACGAUAUAAUUCGAUCGUUGUUGAUUACUUUUUUUCUUGCUCUUGUAUAAAAAUCAAUGAAAAACACUUAUUAUAUAGAUUAUAUCUGUAGCGUAUGUUAUUAUAAAUGAAUUUAAAUGAAUCGAUACACGUUUUUAAGUCAUAAUAUAUAAUAUGAAUACCGAUUUAUAUACAUGUGUAAAAUUGUGUGUGACGAUGUUCCUUAUGUGAAUUUAAGUACUGGUUAUGAAUUUUAACUCUAUUAAUUGUAAAAAAAAUAAAAAAUAAAAACUCAAUUACGAGGAAUGUAAAAAACAAAAAAAAACUUGA